CACUCCGUAUUUGUUCAUUAUCCACAAAACAGUCAAAAGGUUGUUGAUUCCUCCCUCCGUCCAUCCGAUCCUCAACGACGGGAUGGCAUUACCGCUGCUAGCCGGGGCAGUUCCAAUGGCGGCUAUCGCUCCAACUCUCUCCUUUUCGCGCUCCACCUCAGUCGCCGGUUCUCCUCCUCUUCCGAUCAAGUCCUCGUCGUCGUCGUCGCCUUCCUGCGUCACUUCUCCGGCCCUUCCACUGAUUGAUCUUCACUGUUUUCGAUUUUCAGUUUACUGUGGAAGAGGAGAUAAGAAGACGGAAAAAGGCAAGCGUUUCAAUCACUCGUUCGGGAAUGCAAGACCGAAGGAUAAGAAGAAGGGGAGAGGGCCGCCUAGGGUUUCAAUGCCACCUUCGGCACCGAAGAAGGAUCCGUUUGACCUCGGUCAGGUGGUUGAUAUUGAAAUUGAUGAUGAGUUUUAAGGUGAUGAUUUAUCUCAUGAUUCAGAUCUGAUUCCUUGAGUUUGAGUUUUUGUGUGUGUGUGUGUGUGUGGAACAUAUGAUGUAUGAUCUUCAAGCUCACAUUUUCCAUGGGAGUUGAUUAGCAUUUUAUUUGCAUUUCAUCCCUUAGCUUUUGUUUGCACUGCCCACAAUGCUGAAACAAGGAUGAUAUAUGUGCAUUUUCAAUCUGCAAGGUCAACUCCAAUGGUGUUAGAAAUUGUUUUCUCUAGGAAAAUUUACCUCUCUAAUCCCCAUGUUUGCCUGUUGCUCACUCUAUUCGGCAUUCACAGUCAACUGUUUGCUAUGACUUUUAUGAUAUAUGAAAAGUUGAAUGAAUGUAGACAUAUAUCAUGUCUACAUUCAUUCUGCUUUUGAUAUAUCACAAGAAUCGUAAUGAACAGUUAAAUGUGAAUGGAUGGAGUAUAUUUGUAUAUGCAUGCCAACAAUACCAUAUCUAUAUUUUCCUCCAACAAUUCUAGGUUUGUUCCAAGUAAACCUUAUUGUCCCUC